AUGUCUGAUUCUUUAGAACUUACUAGUCCCCCUUUAUCAUUAGAUUCGGAUAUUUUAAGGGCUACUGACGAUGAUGUAUCUUCUGUUAAAAGCGAUGGGCUUGAUUUGGUUUCUUCUAUGAGCUCUCAGAGUGAUUCUGAUGCAAGUGAUUCAUUUACAUCCUCUCCAAAUGUAGCAUAUAUUGUGGCUUUUAGAAAUCGAUUUUCUCAAUUAUUUCAAGGAAUUCCUGAUUUAGGACCACAAGAUAUUGAACGUGGCAUCCUUGGAGAGCCAGAUGCAUUAAAUAAGAUUGUAGAGUUAUUAUGUAGACUUGUUACGUUAUGUUUAAAUAGAAAAAAAGCAGUGGAAUCAAAGCAUUUUUCUCGUGCUUUAAAUGAAAGUAUAGAUACUCAUAUUAAACAUCUUGAUCCUUCCUGGUGUGGAUAUAGUCCUCUUCAUAGAGAUAAAGGAUUUUAUUCUCUUGAUGCAUCAGAUAAGCUCAAAUUGUUAUGUUGUUUGGUUGAUUGGUGUCUUAUGUCAUCUGAAGCUGUUCGUUCUUUUAUUGAUGAAAAUUAUAAAGAUCGUGCUUCCAAUGAUAAAAGAAAUGCUCUUUUAGUUCAUCCAUUAGGGAAGGAUGCUAAAAAUAGAAAGUUAUGGCUUAUUGAGGGGAAUGAUACACCAUUCCGUGUAUAUCGUGAAUCAAAAUCACGAUCAGGAUCUAUUAAAUGGAAAUCUAUUGCAGGAACUGUUGAUGAGCUUCGUCAAUAUGCAUUGAGUUUGUCAAAUAAUUCUUCUUUGAAUGUUAUUGCUCUAGUUCCGAAAAUAUUGAAUCAAAUAUGUCCUCGUAUAGAAAAGGCACAAAUUAGAAGAGAUAAAUUGGAUGCAAAUCGUGCUCGUUUAGCAGCAUUAAACAUAGAACCAGCUUUAUUAGGAAUGCGAACUCGUGGAAAACGGAUAAAAUAUACAUUUUCUGAUGAUGAGAAUGAUGAUGAUAGUAAUGAUGAUCUCCAUAUUUCCAUACUUAAACGUAGAACUCCUCUUUAUUUAGAUAAGUCUGUUCAAUACACAGCAAGGGGUAGGAUGAUAAAAAGACCUAGACGAGGUGAUUAUGGGAUUUACGAAGAAACUAAUUUGCUUCAAAAUAAUAAUUAUAGAGAAUUUGGAAAUACAAAUGAAUUAUCUAAAAAUUUAUUACAAAAUGAUAAUCAUCUUAAUCAUAAAAAUGACUGCUAUGCUAGUUUACAAACAGAAUCGGAAUCUUUUUCUUUAAAAGUUCUUUUGAAGUAUAAUCCUAAAAAAUUAAUGCCUAGAUUAACUGGUUUUUCUGAAUCUUCUAAUAAUUUGGAUCACUUCUUGAAUGAAAAUGUUUAA